ACAUCAGUCAACAAAAUACAUUAGAACUUCCUUCCAUCUCCGAACAAACAAAUACGCACAUUAUCGCUACUCCUUCACCUUAUAAUGAAGGUUCCUACUCUUGCUAUCCUUGCCGUCGCGCCGGCCAUGGUCAAUGCCUGCGCUGGGUACCGUUAUUGCCGCUGUGGUAAUAUCGACGACACUAAAACCGUAUCUGUCUGCCAAAACUGGUUCAGCGGCAAAACCUCGGUAGAGACCUUCGAAGACGGGCACAAAUACUGCAAGAUCGAUGGAUUUUUUACCACUGGGCUCAAUAAUUGCGAUUUCAAGCUUGCCUGCAGUAAUGGCUUCGACUCUGAUUGCUGGGUAAAUAUCGGUCACUGAUUUACAUAAACAAUUCCUUAGGUCUAGGAGACAUGGGUUUAGUGUAACGCUGUUAUAAUAAUGCCAAGCUUCAGACCCAUUCCGGAACGGGAUUGGAGGGAGUAUUUGUGUCAGAUUGAGAUGGAUUAUCAAAGAUGGGUGAAUAAUGAUGAAUUAUUGAUCGUA